AAUAUGAAGUAGGCCUCCUGUUUUUCUCCACAUCCCGGAGUCCUCCUGAGUCCUGGCCCCCACCGCCUCGAUGCAACGUUUAAGUAAGCAAAACACGGAGGCUGCAGACGAUCGUUCGGGAAGGUAAGGUGUGGUUCACACGUGAAUAUUUGUCAGUGCCUGAAAGGAUAGGUUCAAGAGCGGCGAACCUGCAUACAAAAAGACAUUCCAGAACGUUCAGUUGACCACUAUGUCUUUCCUGUGGCCUGGCACUCUUCCAUAACCCCAAUGACCUCUGCAUCAGUUUCAACCAUAGAGUCAGCCUUGACCCCGAACCCCAUUCUACAACCCCUGAAGAAAGACAUUAACUGAGCACGUGCAUAAGCUGCAGUGGGGUGGUCUUCCAAAUGCCUACCUCACGCCUAAAGAGCAAGUCACUGCAGCCACAGCCCUGAUCAGCAGCCAACAUGACAUCAAGCAUAGGGGAUGAUUGUAGCAUCUUUGAUGGGUUGAUGGAAGAAGAUGAAAAGGACAAAGCAAAACGCGUGUCCCGUAACAAGUCAGAGAAGAAACGGAGAGACCAGUUCAAUGUCCUCAUCAAAGAACUUGGCACAAUGUUGCCAGGCAACACCAGGAAGAUGGACAAGUCCACCAUCCUGCAGAAAAGCAUUGACUUCCUGUGUAAACACAAAGAGAACACAGCCCAGUCAGAGUCCAGUGAAAUCAGGCAGGACUGGAAGCCUCCAUUUCUUAGCAAUGAGGAGUUCACCCAGCUCAUGCUGGAGGCUCUGGAUGGGUUCUUUAUAGCAAUAAUGACAGACGGGAACAUCCUUUAUGUUUCUGAGAGUGUCACCUCACUACUUGAACACCUGCCUGCGGACUUGGUGGACCAGAAUUUACUAAACUUCCUGCCAAUUGGGGAACACUCCGAUGUGUACAAGGCUCUGUCCACGCACCCCACUGAGGCAGAGAGCCUUACCUCUGAUUACCUGAAGACCAAGAAUCACAUGGAGUUCUGCUGUCAUAUGCUACGAGGGGCCAUUGACCCCAAAGAACCCCCUGUCUAUGAAUAUGUCAAGUUCAUUGGCAACUUCAAAUCACUUAACAAUGUUCCUAAUGUCACGAGGAAUGGUCUGGCAGGGGUGUUACAGCGGUCACUACAGCCUGCAUUUGACGACCAGGUGUGCUUUGUAGCCACUGUUCGCCUGGCCAAACCUCAGUUUAUCAAGGAGAUGUGUACUGUUGAGGAGCCCAAUGAAGAGUUCACCUCCAGACACAGUCUAGAAUGGAAGUUCCUCUUCUUAGACCACAGGGCUCCACCAAUUAUAGGCUACCUGCCCUUUGAGGUUCUGGGAACAUCAGGGUACGACUAUUACCAUGUGGAUGACCUGGAGACGCUAGCCAAGUGUCAUGAACACUUGAUGCAGUACGGUAAAGGGAAGUCUUGUUACUAUCGCUUCCUGACUAAAGGGCAACAGUGGAUCUGGCUACAGACGCACUACUACAUCACCUACCACCAGUGGAACUCCAGGCCAGAGUUUAUAGUCUGCACGCACACAGUAGUCAGCUAUGCAGAGGUGAGGGCAGAGCAGCGCAGAGAGCUGGGCAUUGAGGAGUCUAAUCCAGAGGUCUCUGUGGAUAAGAGUCAAGACUCUGGCUCAGAGUCUCAGCUGAACACAUCCAGCCUCAAGGAGGCCCUGGAGCGAUUUGACCACAGCCGAACCCCCUCCACCUCCUCGCGUAGUUCCCGCAAGUCCUCGUCACAUGUCUCUGACAACACUUGCACUUCAACGGCUUCCAAACUGCAUAUGGACACGGCUACGCCUCCUCGGCAGGCACUGGCAUCAACAAUGGAGAUGACAUCACAACGCCGCUCAUCCAUUAGCAGCCAAUCCAUGAGCUCUCAGACCACAGGUCAGAGUGUAACUCCAGGCAUGAUCACUCAGCAGCCACAACAACAGCAGCAGCAACAACCACAACAGCUACAGACGAACGUACAGCCUGUCAUGGAGUUCUCUGCACAGGUGAAUGCCAUGCAACACUUAAAAGAGCAGCUGGAACAGAGGACUAGAAUGAUACAGGCCAAUAUCCAGCGGCAGCAGGAGGAGCUGAGACACAUUCAGGAGCAGCUGCAGAGAGUCCAGGGACAGGGUAUACAGAUGUUGCUGCAGCAGCAGGGUGGAGCAAUGAAUGUCCAGCUCCCACAGGUGGGCUCAGUCCAGCAGACAAAUACUUUGACCAGCCAGGUCCAGCAAACAUCACUUAACCCCGUCCAUUCAGGCACACAACAACUCACCAUCCAGCAACAGGCUCCUCCUCCUCAGCAGAGCCUACAGCAGCAGACCAACACCCUCACACAGCCCCAGCCCCAGCGUCAGUCCCAGCAAGCUCCUCAGGCUCAGUCCCAGACCCAGGGCUCCGUGUCUGCUCCACUAUACAACACCAUGAUGAUUUCCCAGCCGGGGCAGCCCAACGUGUUGCAGAUCAGCACCACCCUGCCGCAGAACAACACACAACAAGGCACAACUGUGGCCACCUUCACACAGGACAGGCAGAUCCGGUUUCCAGCAGGGCAGCAGCUUGUGACGAAGCUUGUAACCGCUCCAAUGGCAUGCGGUGCUGUUAUGGUGCCCACCUCUAUGUUUAUGGGGCAGGUGGUCACUGCGUACAACCCCUUUGGCGGACAACAGCAGGGUGGACAGACCCAGACCCUGACACUGCAACCAGCCCAACCUCCUCAAGGUCAGCCCGAUAGCCAAAACCAGACAGCUGUAGUGGCCCAGAGCGGACAGCAAGGGCAGCAGCAGCAACAGCAAUUUUUACAGGGCACUCGUCUUCUCCAUAGUAACCAGUCUACCCAGUUGAUUCUGCAGGCAGCUUUCCCACUCCAACAACAGGGCACUUUCACCCAGGCUACACAUCAGCAGCAGCCACAGCAACAACAACAGCAGCAGCAGCAGCAGCAGCAGCAGCAGAGGCAACAGCAGCAGCAACAACAAUCUCAUCACCAGAGGCACCAGCAGCAGCUGAAACCACAGCCCCAGAAACAGCAGAAGGCCCCAUCGUCACACAGAACUGACAGCGUCAGCAGCCAACCGCAGUAAAGCCUAAUGGAACAGUAAAAAAUAUCUGGAGGCAAUCAGGGGCUAAGAGACUGCUGUGUACCCCUGCUUUGGAUGUGUGGCUGUUGCAAACUUCUUUUUCCCCGCCAGUCGCUGCCCUAUCUUUCUCUAUCUGAAAGAAACGAAUCAUAGGAAAGAGGAAAGCCAGUGAGUCCGCUAGGAACUCUCCAAGAUUUGUCACCAUGGCAACAGGAUGGAUUAAAAUCCCCCUUUUCCCUCAGCAGUGGCAGAGUUGCGAGGGAGAUGGUGUCUCUGUGGAAACCUGACAAAAAUCCUGAGAACAUGGUAGUGGUGGACUCUUCUGAAGGUGUGUCAAAAUGAACCGACCUUGUACAGAUUUACUGUAUGAUAAAACCCUGUAAAUAUCCAAUAUAACCUAACAGGAAACAGAAAUGUAGUAUUUUAUAUGAUUGCAUGGAAAGAAUAACUGUGUAAGCUUUUAUUAGUCGCUUUUGAAAAAAGAAUUUUUACUUUGUUCAAGUGUUUUCUGGUUAAAGAUAGAGCAACGGUGUGCUCUCCCAGACCUCUUGUCCCCCCUCCCCUUCUCUAAAAGAGUCCAGAAUAAGGCUUUAAAGUUCUGUCAGUUUGUUUUAAACAUGGUUGGGCUUGGGUUUUAGUGGGAGUUGUGUUUUUAAACACUGUCUCUGAGACACAAAUGAAUCUUUUUAACUUUGUAAGUACAAAUUAUGUUUGGCAAGAAACUAGAUUAAAGUUUAACUGAAUUCUUUGCAGGAUGAUCACUGUACUUAUAACGGGUUUAGUGAUUCCAAGUGCCAAUAACAUAGUCGGUUAUGUUGUUUUUUUUUUUUUAAUUUUGAGCAGACUAUUCAAAGGCAUAAAUAUAUAUUUUCCAACAAGAUAUUACCCCUAAUAAAGUUAAUGCGUGUGUAUAUAGUAGGGAUUAUUUUUUAACAGUCAGAGAGCCCUAUACGUAACAAACAGUAUAUCCUCAAUCUCCUCAAACUCUAGCACUUGAUGUGGUUGUGUACAGUAAAUCACUGUCCAGACCUAGUUGUUUGUAAUCUGUGGUGUGAUUCUUCGAGAUAGUGUGUGUUUUUUGAGAAAACAAUCUUAGUGUGCAUGAGUGAGCCUGAGCGUCUGUGGACGGUAUGUCUGUGUUUGUUUGUUUGUUUGUUUGUUUGUUUGUUGCCCCUUGUGUCUUACAAUAUUUGACUUAGUAAGUAUUUGAAGUUGCUGGACGGUACUCGUACUCUCAGGAAUGUGGAAAGUUUAGAUUCUGCCUCAGUCUGGAACCAGACCAUGAAGGAUUAGACAGUGAUGCUGCAAAGACCAAAGGGAGAAAUGUCAUAAAGGAUGUUCUGGUCACUAAAAUUUGACCCAGAUUUCUUAGAGCCUUUCAUGUUGUUUUCUUAUUAAAAUAGUAUGUGAGGGAAGUCUCUGAAGAUGGCAGCCAAAAUGUUGUUUUUCCCUUAAUUAUUCCAGAGGGGGAGGGGUUAUUCAGAUAGAGCAGAAAUCUUAAAAACUCAACUUUCAUUCAGAUUGAAAUGGACACACUUUGCCAGUUAACUCUCUCAUGGUCUUCUGUAUCAUCAGUGUUUUAUCCUUCUUUUCUUCCUAGGCCUCAUAAACCCUCAUGCAGUUCAGUUCACUUAUCACUCAGUUCCCAAACAGCAGUUGAAACCAGGGACGGAAGCAGGUCCAUUUAAAUUUCAGAUCGUUGGAAAUAAAUGGAUUUGGGUUUGACCUCUGUGUUACAGUUGUAAGCCAUAUCUAACAGUAAAGCCUUGGAUUGGAGGAAGUGCAAAGGUUGGCAAAGGAGCAUCUAGAAUGUGUUUGUUCGUCUCAGAGUCUAGUCGAAACUGUGCGUAUGUGUGUGUUUGCAGUUUGUGCGAAUAUAGCGUCUCCUCUUCUUGAUCCUACUUCUCGUAUCUCUCGGGGGUCAGUAUUGUUUCCCCUGAUGAUAGCCAAUCAGUUCUUGCGUUGCAGUAUACAGAAAUAAUUGUAAUAUUCAAGAAACUUCCUCAGUGGUUGGGCACAGUAUUCUGCAGGCCCAUGUGUGGGACAGCUCAACUUGAAUAUGUUUGUGUGAGAGCGCAUUUGUGUGCAUGUUAAUCGUCACUGUAACCCGUUAUAUUUUCAUAUGGAAACAAGAUGUGUGACUUGUGAAGAAUGGUUGUUAGGCAAUGCAGAGCAUUAGUCUACUGUCAGCCUAUUGUUUUACAAUGACAGACUGCUCUUCAAACACUUAUCACAAUAACUACACAUCAGACCAACCUCAAAUAGUAAUCCUCUGAGAUGACAGAGGAGAUUGACAGGAGAAGUGAAAUUGGAGUGAUGUGAGUUUUUGUUUUUUUUACUUGACGGUCUUACUAUUUGAAACAAGGUCUUCCACCCCACUCAUAGCAAAUGUAGAUCCUCUAUAGAGUAGUUUGUGUUCAAGGCAUCACUCAAAAGGUUAAUGUUGAAGUGUUUGUAGUUGGAUUAUUUGUCACUGAUACCCAGCCCAAAGAAUGUAAAGGUGUUUUUAAAAGAGACUUAUGGAUGUUGUAACUGUUGAUUAUGGAAAACCUUUGACAGGGUUUAUGAUAAAGGAAAAAAGGGGUGUUUAAAAAAAA